AUGUCUACGGAAACCAGAGUUCCACACGCAGCGAACCAAGGUGUCACUGCACCACCAAUCACCAGCGAAACUCUUGAAAGUACUGUGAGGCAAAUAUGUAUAUUUGCUUCCAGGUCUGAGAUGAAGAUCGCAUCGACGAUAAUCCUUGAAAUGCAGAACCAACGAGAGCAGAUCAAGACAAAGCAAGAUGAGCUGUCAGAAGUUCGCAAGAAGCUUGAAGAUCAGAAGGAAAACCAAACCAUUGCGAUGGAUCAAUGGUCUAUUGGAAUACAAACACAGAAGAGCAAAAUCAAAGCCGCCGAGGCCCAGAUACAAUCACUCCGUGAAUCUAUUGCGAAAAAAGACAACAAUCUCGCAGAAUCAGCUCAGAAGAUAAAGAAUUUUGCUGAAGAAACAAAAAAGGUCCAGCUGGAGCAUCUCAGUGAGAAAACCAAAGUCAAUCAACUUUCUGAGGAAAUUAUUUCGCUACGAAAGAAACUCAUAGAAAGGAAUGGAAUCAUCGACAACCUUCAGACCGCUGAGUUGGGAAUGACCAAGUCAUUAUCUUCGGAGAGAAAGAAAAAUGGGGAGCUAGAAAAAGAGCUUAUUUCAAUGAAAAGCGUCGCUCAGGAGCGUGAUAUCCGACUUCAAAAGCUGGAAGGCUAUGGCCUUCGUGGCCACCAAAUGGAUGAAGACUCUAUGAUCGACGGGUUCUCACGUCUCUGGAAUUAUGCUACAGAUCAACUGUAUCACAUAAUGAUGCAAAACAUUGAUAACGCUGUUUUGAGUAAUAGAACAUCAUUGGGGUGCCUUGGAAAGGGCGACAUUUCGAUUCGGGAUGUCCCUAUGCCCCUUUCAAACAGUCCCGCUGCCAAAGGAAUGCGACUUGCUGUGAUUCUAGCUAUCUUGUCGAAGGAAAUUGACCAGCAUAUCUUUCAACCAAAUUAUCUCGUUCCGGAACAUGCUCAAUUGCGGAACAUAAUGAGCCACCUUGCUGAGACGGAUGGUGAUAAAGAAUAUUUUUGUCGGUCAAUGCUUCUCUCUAUUGACGAACAGAGUCAGCAAGAGACACUCCAGCACAGAAUUCGAACUGUGGUUCACAAAGUGUCAAGCUGCGUACACGGCUUGCUCUCAGAUGCGCAAUAUAAUGAGUUUCGACAGAGCGUCGCAAACACCGUGCAGAAGGCGAUUAAGAUUUGGCUACCUAUACAGCGUGCUCAACAAAAGUAUGAGUCCGAUUUCGAUCCAGUUGACUGGAAUGACAAUGAAUGGGCCAUUUUUAAUCUCCCCGGCGAGAAAACCGAGAAGAAUACCACGGCCCACGGCAUGGCUAGUGACACUCUUCUGACCAUCUUUCCGCGCAUAUCUCAGGUUAAAGACAACAGACGACAUCCAUUGACUUUUGUCACUCAACUGACGAAAUGCCAUCCGCUAUGCAUCCAAGCAGAGCAGGAGAUCAAUAAGAAGCCAAAUAGUCCCACGAUCGGUCGCACGUCUUUGAAUGGAACAAGACGGAAAUCCAUUGUCGCAAAUGCCCAUCCUAACGGGAAUGGUUUUUUAGAGAAAAAAGCAAACGGGGUGUGA